GCGCGCGCGCCACUGUCAGUUUGCCGCGCGACUGGUGAAAAGGCAAACGUUUCGCGCGUAAAAUAAAUUCAAAAUUCGAAUUGUAUUUGCGCGCCAUUCACUUUUACUCUUCUGUGUUCUGUGUUACAUAAGUUUAAUGUUGUUAUAAUCUGUGAAAGUGCGUGCGUGUAAGUUCAAAGUGAUGUUUGUGUAAAGGAUAUUACGAAAAGGAUGAAAUUAUAACUAAAAGGUAGAUCGCAAUGGCGUUGGAGGCUGGAGGCUGUGUGAACAGAGCCUUCGAGGGCGUCGACGAUGGCUUCCACACCAUAGACCUGAGGACCACUGUCAGGAGAAAUGGAAACUAUCAGGGUGAAGAAGACGCAGCAUCCCAGCUGUCACCAGAGGAGCGUGCGCUGCGGUGCGGCUGGGGGGUGGUCAGACCGAGCUGGUUGCAACGCUUCAGGACGGCGAAAUGGGCGCUCUUUUGGCUGUGCUGGGCGGGCGCUAUACAGGGUAUGGUAGUGAACGGUUUCGUCAAUGUAGUCAUAACCACAAUAGAGAAGAGAUUCGGUCUUCGGUCGAUGCAAACUGGAGUUAUAGCGGGAGGCUACGACAUGGCCUCCUUCGCCUGUCUGGCUCCCGUCACGUACUUGGGCGGUAGGACAGCCGCUUCCAAGCCGCGCUGGCUCGGCUGGGGCGUUCUGCUCAUGGGUGUCGGCUCGCUGAUGUUCGCGCUGCCGCACUUCUUGGUGCCGCCGUACAAGGUGGCGGGAGACGAGCCAGACGAUUUGUGCGAUGGCAACCGGACGCAGGCAAGUACAUGUGACGAGAGUACUUCGGAAGGUGGUGCAUGGGCGGUGGGCAUCUUCGUGCUAGCACAAUUGUUGCAUGGCGCUGGAGCCACACCACUAUUUACUCUUGGAGUCACGUAUAUAGAUGAGAAUGUGUCGAAGAAGAUGUCCUCUGUUUAUUUAGGUAUUUAUUAUACAAUGGCAGUGCUGGGCCCAGCGCUGGGAUACGUUGUUGGCGGACAGCUACUUUAUAUUUAUACCGACUUCGCUACCGUCAAUUCAGAAACGUUAGGUAUAACUCCUACGAGCUCGGUUUGGAUCGGAGCGUGGUGGAUCGGCUUCAUACUCUCGGCUUUGAUCUGUCUGUUUAUAGCGAUACCUCUACUUGCCUUUCCUCAUGAGUUACCGGGGGCAGCAGAAAUACGCGCCGCCAAAGUAUCAGAAGCGCACGCAUCAGCCACUACAUCUGGUGCAUUUAGUGCUCUGCGAGAACUGCCCCACGCAGCAGCAGCCCUACUCCGAAACCCCACGUUCAUGUUCCUGAACCUGGCGGGCGCUAGUGAUGGGUUAUUGAUAUCAGGCUUCGCGGCCUUCCUGCCGAAGUUGAUAGAGAACCAGUUUGCGGUUAGCGCGUCGCAGGCUGCUUUGCUUUUGGGAGUAAUCACAGUCCCCGCGGGUGGUGGCGGGACCUUCGCGGGCGGCUGGCUCGUGAAGCGCUGGCGGCUGUCCUGUGCCGGCAUCAUCAAACUAUGUGUCGCAGCUACUGUACUAGCUGGAGUUUUUUCCGUGUCUUUUGUGCUGUCGUGUGAUGACUAUCCCUUCGCAGGCAUCACAGUGCCGUACUCUAGUCCUAGUGUUGGGGGCAGCAGUCUGGUCGCGCAGUGCAACGCAGGCUGUGGGUGCUCUAACUCCGCCUACUCCCCGGUGUGCGGCGCAGACGGGCGCGUGUACUACUCGCCGUGCCACGCCGCCUGCCGCGCCGCCACACGGGGCGCCGCGCAGCUCUACCACCGCUGCGCGUGUGUGCAGACCAACGCCACGCUGCCGAGAUAUGCGGAGCCAGAUGGUGGUCAACCAAUAAUGUACGAAGCCAUCAAUAGCACGUGUCAGUCGAAAUGUCCAUAUCUAUGGCUGUUCGUGUGCCUUACAUUCUGCAUCAUGUUCUUCACAUUUCUGGCUACAAUGCCAGCUUUAUCCGCGACAUUGAGAUGUGUCCGCGAAGACCAGCGUUCUUUCGCACUGGGUAUCCAAUGGAUUCUAGUACGAUUACUGGGAACUAUCCCCGCACCACUGCUCUUCGGGUUCCUCAUUGAUUUAUCCUGUUCUGUGUGGGGCAACGCGUGCGAUCGAACUACUUCAUGUCUGCUGUAUGAUAAUAAGGACAUGAGCAGGUACAUGUUAGCGCUAGCCGCGAUAGGUAAGCUCUGCACAGUGAUAUUCUUCUUCCUAGCCUGGUGGUGCUACCACCCGGGUCCCAAGGUCCAACCCCCACUUGAUAUGGCCCAUAGCGAAAAAAGUAACGGCACUAUACCCACCGUGGCCACAGUGAGCACUAUCUCCAAUGACCGUACUAAUGGGUACUGUAAUGCAGCACUAGAGUGUAGUGACCACUUAUAAAGUUUUGGGGGUAGAUGGAAAUAUUGUGCGAUUUUGGAAUUCUGUUUUAAAAGCAACAUUCAUUUACCCACCGGGGCUACUGUAAGUAUUGUAAUGCGGCGCUAGUGUAGUGACAUUUGGGGGUAAAAAAAGUAUUGUAUGUCUUUGGAGUUCUGUUUGAUGAGCAACGGUACUAUACCCACCUUGGUCACUGUGAUUACUAUAUUUGAUCAUAAAAGGUACUGUAACGGGGGUGAACAUUUAUAAAGUUUUGGGGGUAGUGAAAACUGAAAAGUAUUGUGUGAUUUCGGACUGGAAUCUGUUUGUAUUAUUGUUUUGAUUUAAUGUGACAGUUUUUAUGUAAGAAAUUGUGACUCCUAUGGAUUGUGACCAGAAGUAUUAAAUAGGUAAGACACAGACACACAAAUUGCAAUUUAUGCAGGUUUUUUUUUACCCAGAAACUGUGACUGAUUUUAAUUUUUACCACAGUCAAGUCAGUUACUUUCGCGAUCGAAAAUGAACAGUUUGGAAUAAUUUUUCCCACAAUUUAUUUUUAAUUGAGUAGGUAUCCCUUCUGUGUAUAGAUAGAACAAUAGAACAAAAUCUCCAAAACCUUCUAGGAAUUACUGGUUUUUUGAACAACUAUGAGACCAAAAUGUUUAUCGCCACUGCCAACGGUAGUGAGUGUAAUGGUUAGUGCAAUUUUGUAAAUCAGUCUAGAAAUAAGUAGGUGGGUAAUACAGCGUGACCAAUUUUGAUGCAGUAUUCGUAUACAUGGUGUUAGAAUUGAUUUGAUAUUAAUUAUGAAAUCGUAUUAUUAUGGAAUCUAAUUAUAAAAAUCACCGUCAAUGCUUUUUUUGUGUUAUUAUCUAGUUGAUUAAUGUAAAUAAUUCAAAUGCAUAUAAGUACAUAUUGUAACAUAAUAUUAUCAAAAUGUCUCAAAAUUUAUUUUUAUUUUACUUACUUUUUAAUAUAUUUAUUUGUUGAUUUUAUGUAAUAAUUGUUGCUUGUAAAGUAUAUGUAUUUUGGUUGAAGACUGAUUCUUUACAUAGUCAUAGUGGUUAGUUUUAAAAUCCUACUUAGUAAUAAAAAUGCAACAAAAAUGUAACAUCACAUAUCUAAUCUAUGGUCAUGGUAAGUAAAAAACACAAAUCACUGCAAAAUAUAAAAUUAUGCAAGAUUUCAUUGAUUUUGUCCACAAUUUUGUCACUUUUUGUCACGUGCGACAACUAAAUUAACCACUUUUAAUAAUUUAUUUUGAAAUUAUCCAUAUUAAGUGAUCUGUUGUAUUUAUUAUUGCUUAAAAUAUUGUAAUCAUAGACAAUGAUUCUCAAGUCUUUUGAAGUUGGCAACCCAAAUAUUAUGUCCUUUUGCUCGGUACUUUUUUUUAAAUAAUGUUACAUUAAUAUAAAAUACAUGCUCAACAUACGGCCCGAAUUAACAAAUGCAUCUAAAUUUUAAGUCACUGUGUAAUAAAAAAGUUGACAACAGAAACGACAAUAAUUUACUGCACACUGCCUGAGUUUGAGAAAAAUUGAAUUGUUAAUAAAUUCUGCAGCCUGGUACAAAAUUGCACCAAGUACAAUUUACAAUUUUACCAGGCUUCAGAAAGCAAUAGUUUGGACAAUAUUGUCCUUUAUGGAACUGAACAAUAGAGACCACAUCACAAUAAUGUCGUAUUCCUACUAAAAUACUUAAUAAAUAGUAAUUGAUACAUUCCAUGUACAAUGUAGGACUGUAGAUAAGCCCUUUUAUACAUUUUCAUGUUGGUAUCGUACAUUUUUAGUAGUAAGUAAACGGUUUUGAGAUGUACAAUUUUACAAUUAUAAUAAACAAUUGUUUAGA